AUGGCCGACAGUGUUGUUCCACGAGCAGUUAGAAAUUGGUUCAGGACGACUUAUCCGACUCUAGUAUUCGAAGAAACUUGGCUAACACAGUGCUGUGAAUAUCUUCAAGUUGGUUUAGUCACUCUUAGGUCUCAGCUUUAUCUCGAUCAAAUCUUCUCCUCAGAAAUUACUCACUUCGACCUGACCCCACCACAAUUGAUCAAAAAAAUUGAAAAUCAACUUUUGCUAUCCGAUUUAUCGACCUCGACUUCUGCAGAAACGCCCCCUUUGAAGGACCUGUGGAUACCUGAACAAGAUGUUGAACGUCAGACAAAAGUGCAACAUCUUCCGAACCGAGGAAUCUUGGUGCAAAUCCAGUCGAUCACUGAGAUCGGUCAUUCGGCGCUUUCGCUUCGGACUGUUCACCAGAAACUCAUAGAUGAUGCGCAAGGAAGAGAUCGGGUCUUAGAUCUGGAGGACCCGGAAUCGCAGGACCGGCAAGCACCAAUCCUGUAUCCCAGGGCCAUGCUCAAGUUUGAUCUCAGUGAUGGUCAUCAUACGAUACCAGCAAUCGAGUACCAAAAGAUCGAUGGCCUCAGUUUGGCUGAAACUCCUCUAGGGUGCAAGCUGUUGAUUAAAUCCGCCACGGUUAGGCGCGGCCUUUUACUGCUUACCUCCGAAAACACUACUAUCAAAGGCUUCCAAGUAGAUGAAUUAGAUCUGAACCGCGAUCGAAUCCUUCAGGAAGGACUCAAUGCGCGUUUAAGCCGAGCCGCAGACAACCCAGAACGUAAUGACGAUCAACAAGCCGGGAACCGGAAUCCGAAUGGUAAUGGUGUCACAAACUCUUCGGCAACCUCCUUUCAAUCCGCAUCGAUCGUCAAUACGCAUGACCCGUCAUCAGUCACUCAACCAAGAGUGAUUGUAGACCUGAGUGACUCGGAUAACUACUUUGAUGAUAAUUCGGACUUCGAAGCUCAACUGUUGGCUCAUGACAUUUGA